AUGGGAAUGAACACAAGCCUAAUGAGAGGAAAAGGAUUAUCAACCUCCCAGGUGUUGAGUUUGGCAAUGAAUAAACUGUACAAGCAAUUUGUUGAGAAAGAUGUCAAGGAGUUUGAAGCAUUCCAUGUUGCUAUUCUUGAUACCUUCAAGACUAUCAACAUGGCUAUAUCGGGGAAACAUUAUGAUUCCCCGACAUAUACGGAUGUAAAGGAAAUUUUCAAACAUUGGAAGGAAUCUAAUGAAGAAGCUAGAAAGGAGAUGUUGAUAGACUUCUUGAAUAAGAAUGUGAAUCUCAACAAAGUAGAUGAAUCUAUGAUAAUCACUGCAAUAGUGGCACCACCAGCUGCCAUGGUGGCUAAGAGAACCGGACAAAGAACGCUACCUCAGCUAAAAUUUAUGAAUGCCAUUCCUGAUGUAGUCUUUGUUCCUUCGGCUACUGUUUUGGCUCUCAUUGCUGUCAAAAUCCUAAGGUUAAUGUUCAUAGGAAAUGGCGCAACAUCAAAGGCCGCAACAGGGUCACUUGUUGAUCGUGUAGUGCAGCCUUCAAGUGUGGAUAACAUUUUUCCACCAGCACCUGAAACUACAUCAGAUAAUUUAGAACAAGUCAUACCAAGAACUGCAUCAAGUUCAAAUGCAACACCGGACUUGGUAAAAGCUGCAUCGGAUGCACAUCAACUUACCCCCAAGGGCAAUUACUGUGCCUUGUGUAAAAAGGUUCAUGAUGAUUAA